UGCAUACACCAGUCACAAGCUUGGUGUAAUCAUUGUGCGUUAUGAAUAUGGGACAAAAUACUUAACUUUUUACUAAUUUUAUACACACAAAAGUGAAUUUGUCCCAAUACUUUUGAUCCCUCAAAGUAUGGGUGAAAAUUCCCUCAAAUGAAAGCACUUUAACCUCAUAGUCAUUGUAUAUUUUCAAAUCCAAAGUGUUGGAGUACAGAGCCAAAACAACAACAACAAAUGUGAAUGUGUGUGUGUAUUUAUUGAUCUAUUCUACAUAUCUUCACUAUCUAAUCAUAUUUAUGCUUCAGUCAUUCAAUGUGUCCCUCUAAAAUUACCUGUGUAUUAAUUUAGGAAGUUUUCCAACAUGCAUUAGUCAAUACAAAUAUAGCCGUAAUAGCUUAAUCCUAAAAUGCUUGGGCCUUACUGUAAAUCAAACGAGAUCAAAUCAUAACACAUUUUCAUAGCAUUUACAACUUUUUGACAUAUCCCACAUUAUGGAUGUUAAAUCUCACUGAAAUAACCGAAAGUUAGGCUACUUUAUAUUCAAUGUGUACCUUUGAUACAUUUAGUCAUGGAUACGUGGUAUUGGGCAUUUCCGGGGAAGUUAUAGCCACUCCCUGCAGUUGUGUUGGAUUGAUGGGUUGUCAAUAGUUACCCCAGCCACAAAGUUGGCUAAUGAAGGUCAUCGUAAAAUGUAUGGGGGGAAAAUUCGCCCUUAUUUAAGCUUAGGGUUGGAUAUAAUGUUAGCAGUGUGUUUAAGGUUUAGUUUUAAAACUAGAUUUUAAGAAGAUCAUUUGUAGAAAUACGCGGGUUUAGCCAUAAUUUUGGCUUCGUGGCUGUGGUAACUAGUGAACACCGGGUUGAUGAUCUCGAGGGAGGGUCCUAACAAAGAACAGAAGCGACUCCACAAUGACAGCUUCCAUGACCAGCUGCUGGAGGACAGUCGGUUCCUUAGGGCAGACCGUCGCCUGGACACAGAACUAGUGGAUAAGCUCAUCCUGCAGCUCAACAGGAUCUACCCGCAGAUCCUCACAGACAAGGAGGCCACCAAAUUUAGGGACCUUGAUGUGCCCACCUGCGUCCGACUGGCCGAGCUCCUGGCUCACCUGCAGGGGAAAGGUGAAGAGGCCUGCCGGGAGUUCUACCGGGCACUUCACCUGCAUGUGGAAGAGGUGUACUUCAGCCUACCCACGCGUCUCCGCCUCAGAGAUUCUAUAGACCCGUUCACGACUGCAGCCUCACCCACUCAGCAGAGAUAUGUGCUAAACGACAGAGGCCAUAUGUUCUUCCUGAGUUGUUUCAGUGUUGCAGUUGGGGUGGCUCUACUACAUUACUAUGGCGAGGCCAAAGUAACAAGGGGCAGCAGGGCUCUUGGCAUGGCUGCUCUUGGAUUGGGUCGACGAGCCCGAGAGGUUCUCAUAUGGUACACUGAAGACCCCAUCAGGAAGUAGUGGGGGUGUCUCCAACACCACCAGCACAUCAGAACACACACUCCAGAGGUGCUUCCGGACAUCCACACUACACUACACCCUUUUCACACUACCGUGCCAGCCUGAACCAAACUCUGCUAGUUACAGCAACUACGGUUAGUACAGCUUGGUUGGGCUCUAUUCGAUUCGUCUCAGUAGGGCCUUAAAGCUCUAAGCUCAAAGUCAUUGUUUUUUUACAACUCUGUAAAUACUAUAUAUAUAUAUAUCUUAUCUUUUGGGUUUAAGGGUCUUACUUUCGCUGACAAUUUUUCAUACAGCUCUGUUUUUAUGGACUUUCAUUGUCCUAAUAAUGGUUAGUUAUAGACAUGCCUCUUCUCUGGUGAAAGCAACACUAAAUGUAAGCCUCUGUUACUGAAUAGCAUCAGAGAUUCUGUCUGCAUUCAUCUUAAUUUGUGUGUCGUGGACACAGUAGACAUGUAGGGGUUUGUACAGAAUACCCAGAGACCAGGCUCACUUUAAAUAGGAACCUUUUCCAGGGUAUGUGUUGUACUGCUCAGUAUACUCAGGGGAUUGACAUUAGAAAACAUCCAUUUAUUUGGUGUAUUUAUAAGAUGAUAUGUUUAAUUUGUUCAAGAAAAAAACAACCAAGCACUAAAUGUAUUGCUAUUUGUUUUGUGAUAAUGUCUCUGUUGUCAGGGAGAUUAUGAGAAACACAAAUGUAAUAACAAUGUUAUAAUAUGUGCCCAGUGUUUGGCUUGGGCUAAAUGUCCACCACAUAAUGUCUUUACAUUAGAUGAAUCCAGGUCCACUAUGUUUGUAUAUCUAGGCACAGUUUAAUGAAUGUGUGACCUAGCGAUAUCAGAGAGAUUGCAAUAUGUUCACUAGAACUAUCACGUUAUAGUGAUUGACUUAUCUCCCGAUGUUUAAAGCUGGAAUCCUUCAUGGUGAAACUGCUAUGUCAGUUUGCCACAACAAAGAGGUUACUGUAAACAACAAACACAGUUUUUACUCUCUGACAUCAUUGGACGUGUAAUAGAACAGCAGAAUAUCUUCUGCAUUUUUAUUUUGGUGUGAGGCUCCUUACCUCCGGUUCGCCAACAAAACAAUGGCAGUGUGGCGGACAGUAGCGCUGUUUCCCCUACUGCGGAUUCCAUCUUUAAAUAUUUUUUGAGUGAAAAUAGUACUAAGUCACUGUUUUUGAAAGUGUUCUUUUUUUAUUAUGCCCACUAAAAAAACAAUACAAAUUAAUACAUUUCAGGUCUCAACUGUGUUGUUUCACCUCGGAGUCUAUUUCUCUCUCACUUUUCUCAAAUGUUAAGAAUUUUCAAAGCCUUCUCUAAACAACAUGUCUUAUGUUUUGUCUUACACAUGCAUGAAGCCUUUGUUCACUAACUUGCUGUAAUUAUGUUUAGUUUGUUAAGGUCAAUAUUGUUAAUGGGGGAAGUAGAUUAUAAGGCUUAUACUGUUUUAUAGUAGGGAACAUCAUGUUAAAUACACAUGUAACCUACCAGAUAUAAUCCAUGUGUAGACAUAGAGCUGUGAUACACCAGUAAUAUCUACUCUUUUUAUGUCUAAAAGUGGAAGUUAGGAGUCUCCCCACAGACUCUAGCUGUCUUAGUCUCUCAAGUGCCUUCAUUAGCCUUUCCAUGCAUGGACAAUAAAAAAACAAUAUCUGAA